AUGAUAGUUGCUACUCCCACUGCCUCUGGCUCAGCCACUCCCAGACCCCGGUCUAUACAGGAAGAUGCAGAUGCGGGGGAGGAGAGUGUGGAAGGAGUGGCGUCCGGAUUCGGCGUAUCUCCGUACCUGCAGUCGUCGUACGGCUCGUCGUCCUCCGAGUGUCCAGAUGCAGUGAAUCUGGAGGCGAAUAGCAAGCUGUGGGAGACGCCGCCUCCAGAUUUGUCUGCACUUGGGGGAGGUGGGAUCCAGGGCAGGGGCAGGCCGGUUGCAUAUGAGGAUGAGGAGGACGAGGAGGGAAGCUGGUGGAAUGAGAGAGGAGGGGAAGGAGAAGGGGAAGGGGCAGGAGAUGGGUGGGACGCUGGGAGUAGCACUGGUCAGUAUGGUGAUAGCACAUCAGCUGUGUAUGGGAGCGGGGAGGGGUGGCAGGGGGAUGGACAGAUGGGGGCAUACAGCGGAGCAGGAGGAGGACCAGGAGGAGGAGGCGGAACAACACGAACAGGGGGGAAAGAGGGAGGAGGAGGAGGUGCUACAGCUGCUGCUGCUGCUGCAGCACCAGCAGGGGCGGGGGCAGUGCUACCAGGCAGUGUGGAUGCACGGGAGAGGCUAAGGGAGGUGGUGGAGGGGCAUUUCAGCGCGCUAGUGGAGCAGAUGCUCAAAGCAGAGGGGCUGCAGGCAGGGGCUGAGGGAGACCCCGAGGGAUGGCUCGAGGUGGUUCGGCGCCUGGCCUCCGAAGCUGCGUCGCUGGUUCGGCCGGACUCGAGCUCGAUGGGAGGGUAUAUGGACCCGGGCGGAUACAUCAAAGUGAAGUGCAUUGCGGGGGGCAAGCGCAGUGAGAGGUAUGUGUCAGGGGGAUUGUCUGGGUGGAAAAGCAUAGCAGGAUGGUGGGUAGUGUUUGUUUCCCUCAUUUGCUGUUCUUCCUUCCUUGUCAUCCGUACCUUCCCUCGCAGUUGUGUGGUAGAUGGGGUGGUGUGUCGCAAGAACGUGGCCAACAAGCGAAUGGCAUCGGACAUUCGGUGGCCGCACAUUGCUCUGCUUGCCUCCACCCUCGAGUAUCAGCGCUGCCCCAACCGCCUCUCCUCCAUCGACACGCUCCUCGCCCAGCAAGAGACCCAUCUGCGCCACAUGCUACAGAAGAUCGAGCGCAAGUUCCCAUGCCCUGCCCCCACACAAGCCCCUGUACAAGCCUACCCACAAGGCCCCUCACAAGCCUACCCCCAAGGUUACUCCCAACGGCCGCCCAGCAGCCAUGGUGCACUCUCUGUCCCAACCACACCUACGGGAGCAGCAGUGGGGGCGAGAGGGCGGGGUUUCAGAGGCGAAGGGGAGCCAGGAGCGGGGCUGGUGAGGCAGACUGGAGUGCUUGGGAGUGGUGCCUUCGGUGGUGGGGUGGCUGGUGCAGGCGGGCAGAUGGGUGGGCAGAUGGGCGGGCAGGCGGGCGGGCAGGUGGGCGGGCAGGUGGGCGGGCAGGCGGGCGGGCGGGUGGGCGGGCAGGCGGGCGGGCAGGCGGGCGGCAGUGUGUUGCUAGUGGAGGGAACAGUCUCCGGCUUCGCGCAGCAGUGGAUGGUGGAGCACCGCAUGUCUCUCGUCUUCAAUGUCAAACGCUCCCUCCUAGAGAGAGUGGCGCGCUGCACGGGAGCUAAGGUGGCCCAGUCCGCUGAGACUCUGGAUCGGCUGGGGCAGUGCCAGCGGUUCUGGACGCGGAAGUUUGUGGAGGAGUGGGAUGCGGUGGGGAGAGGUGGCGGUGGGGCGGGGGCGGAGGGAGGUGUGGGGGGAGCCAGGGGGAGGGGGCCUGCGGUGGGUGUGAGUGUGGUUGGUAGUGGUGGUGGUGGUGGUGGUGGUGGUGGUGGUGGUGGUGGUGGUGGUGGUGGUGGUGGUGGCAGUAUUGCGGCUGCUGGUGGUGCUGCUGGGGGUGGUCGCAAGAACGUGAAGACGCUGUUCUUUAUCGUGAAGUGGGUGAAGCGGGUGAUGCACUUGCCCUGCCCGGACUCCAUUUCUCUCAGUCCCCCGCACUCCCCUUCCCCCCCGGCUCCACUUCCCGAGCAGGUGUUGCUGAUGGGGGCGCCUACAGCGGAGCUGAAGAGGGUGAAGCGGGUGAUGCACUUUGCAGUGUUCGCCUCCUACCACCUCGCCCUCGAAACCUCCUUCCUUGCAGACGAAGGCGCCCUUCCCCCAGGCAUCGCUCCCUGCCCCCCUCUGUGUGCCACGUUACCUCCUCCUGCUCCUGCUGCUCCUUUCAAUUCCGCUCCUGCUGCUGCUGCCCCGUUUCCGGCUGUUGCUGUUGACCCUCCUCCUCCUCCUCCUGCUGCUGCUACUGCUGCUGCUGCUGGUGCUGCUGACGCGGCUUUCUCAGGUGAAUCUGCUGCUGCUGAUGCUCCAGCAUGGCCAGGAGAUUGUGGGAUUGGGGAGGGUGCAAGUGGGGAGCAAGAUAGACUAGCACAUGCACAGGUCUCUGCUGCUCCGGUUGGGUCUCAUCUGCCGGCUGGCACUCCGCCAUUGGCUGGUGAUGCUCCGGCGGCGCAGCCUCAUCUGCUUGCUGACGUCAUGGCUGCUGACGUGGCUUCCACAGAUAUUUCGUCUGCUGCUGAUCGUUCUGCCAGAACUGGUGCUGGUACAAUCACCCCUCCUCCUGCUAUAGUCACAUCUGUACCCGUUAGUAGCAGCAGCAGUGGCAGCAACAGGCCGUCACCUCGCCGGAUUGCACAGCUAUCAGCAUCCCUCUGGGCCAGUGGGGUGCCUGCUGUGAGGGAGAGUGAAGAGAGCGUGAGGGAGAGUGAAGAGAGUGUGAGGGAGAGUGGGGAGGGUGUGAGGGAGAGUGGGGAGGGUGUGAGGGAGGGUGAAGAAGUUGUUGAAAGGCAGGGUGGUGGUGAAGAAGAGGAGGUGGGUAAUGGGAAAGCAGGAGGAGAAGGAAGGUCAGGUGGAGGUGCAGAGGGUGCAGGAGAGGCGGCAGGAGAGGCGGCAGGAGAGGCGGCAGGAGAGGCGGCAGGAGAGCCACGUGUAGCGAGGCAGCGACAGGUGGGUGAGGACGAGGAGCUGAAUCUGAAGCCUACCCAGCAGCCGCCAGGGGUGCUUUCUCCUCCUCCACAGCUCCAGCCGCAGCAGCAGGCGCAGCAGCAGGCGCAGCAGCGGCAGCAGGGAGGGGUUGGCAUAGCGAUUCUGCUGGAAGGAACAGAUACAGUGGACGCACAUGCAGCGAUUGAAGCUUCUACCAGUGCUCCCGGUGUUGCUGCUGUUGCCAUCAAUGGCCCUACAGCAGCAGCUCAACAGAGCAAGGCGGGUCCCUCAGCAGACUCGUCCCCAUCCGUUGCCCCAGAAGCAGCACGUGACGCACCACCCACAAUACCAGCAGCAUCAGCACCUUCAGCAGCACCAGCAGCAGCAGCAGCAGCAGAAGAAGGAGGGAGGGACCCCGUCCCUCAGCCCCUUGCUAUUCCCCCCUCUCUAGCCCCACAGGCCCAGCUCGCCCCUCUCACCCCACAGCCCCACCUGGCCCACCCGCUGGCCCCGGUGUCCCCCUCAGAGCACCAGUCGAUCCUGGUGUGGGCGUCCAGCCGCUGUGUGUCGCGCAAGCUGCUGUGUGAGCCACCGGAGCUGAUGCGCAUCAAGUAUUACGGCGAUAGGGACAUGCCGCUGGGGCAUUUUCUGACUCAGUUUGUGCUCAACCCCCUCUGGGUGAGUGGGCCCUCUUUCUGGCUUCCAGGAAGUGUGUGGGCAUCGCACACUCUCGCACAUGCCAUGAUGGGACCAUGUGUGGGUCUACCCCCACAACGGAGGCCUCUCUCACCAUUUCCUUCUUCUCUCACCUUCUCUCUUCCCCUUCUCCCUGUCUCCUCUCCUCUCCCCUGCCAGCGCUGCAAGUGCUGCAUGCCAUCACAAGAACACAUGCGUGUCUAUUCCCACAAGGAGGGCUCAUUCGCCAUUUCCUCCUUCUCCCCCUGUCUCACUCUCUCUCUCACUCCCCUCUUUUCCCUCCUUCCUACCUCCCAGCGUUGCAAGUGCGGCAUGCCAUCACAGGACCAUGUGCGUGUGUAUUCACACAAAGAAGGUUCUCUCACCAUCUCCGUGCGCAAGGCCGACGACAUCCUCCCCCCCACACACCCCCUGCAACUGCCAGGGGGAGGGGGGGCAAGCGGGGGUAGAGGAGCCUACGGGGGAGGUGGAGGGGCGUACGGGGGAGGUGGAGGGGCGUACGGGGGAGGCGGGGUGAGUGGCGGAACAGGAGAGGGGGAUAUGGGUUGUGGUCAGGAGUCUGCUGUGUCUGCUGCUGGGUCUACUGGGGCUGCUGCAGUGGGCGGUGCGUGUCCACCGCCCGCUGCCGCGCGGUGCAUCUGGAUGUGGCACCGCUGCCGGCAGUGCCGCCCCGUGGACGGAGUGGCGCCGGCCACGCGCCGCGUGCUCAUGUCUGAGGCCGCCUGCAAGCUGUCGCUGGGAAAGUUCCUGGAGCUUUCGUUUACGAACCACGUGGUGGUGGGGCGGCUGGCGGCAUGUGGGCACUCGCUGCACCGCGACUGCCUGCGCUUCUACCGGUGGGUGGCAGCGUCUGUCCUUUUACCAUGCUUUUUUUCCCUGAGUGGUGAGAUGAUAGCAUGCCUGGCCUACUCGCCCAUGCACCUCUACUCCGUCUGCCUGCCUCCUCUGCGCCUCAGCUUCAACCUCCAUCAGCAGCAGCAGUGGCUCGUGGACGAGUUCAACGAUGUGAGUGCUGCUGCUGUUGACUCAGUUGACUGCGUGACUUGGAACGAUGCCUCACUGCUCAUGUGGCAGCUCAGCACCCAGUUUCUCCUCCCUCCCCCACCCCCACAGGUGGCGGAGGCGGCAGAGCGAGUGUUCAUGGACAUCAUGAACGCGCUGGACGCCCUCGCAGCACGCCUGGUGCAGGUGGCGGAGGCAGCAGAGCGCAUCUUCAUGGACAUCAUGAACGCCCUGGACGCUCUUGCAGCGCGCCUGGCAGCGGGCGGGCCGCUGUCUGCCAGCCGCUUCCCCGAGGCACGCGCGAGCCUGGCAUUGCUGGAGGCGACUCUGCAGCGCGAUAAGGCGAUGUUUGAUAAAAAGCUCCAGCAGGCAGCACCGGAUUUCAGCCUGCCCGCCGGGCAGCCCGUGACAGACAUUCUGGAGCUGAACCGAGUGCGGCGAGAUCUGACCGUCCAUUUGGCCGAGUGGGCGGAGCGGCUGCAAAGAUUAGCGGCUGAGAUUCAACAGCCGUCGCAACAACCAGCCAGCCUCAGAGCAGCAGCAGUAGCGGCACCUCCAAUGCAGUCCGAAGCACCAGUAGCUUCACCUGCAGCAGCAGGGUCGGAAGCAGGUGGAGAAGAAGCAGGGCCUCUGCACCUCGCUGCCCGCUCUGCCGAGGCUCGGCGAAAGGAGGCCUGGGCGGCGGAGGCUCGGGAAACAGAGGCUCGGGGAACAGAGGCUCCAGGGACAGAGGCUCGGGGAACAGAGCCUCCAGGGACAGAGGCUCGGGAAACAGAGGCUCAGGGAACAGAGCCUCCAGGGACAGAGGCUCGGGGAACAGAUGAUGGGGAACCGGGUGCAGGAGGGACAGAGGUUGAGGAAACAGAGGCCGGGGAAGCAGGGAGAGAAGGGUCCGCUCUGCCAGUAUUGGAAGGUCUCGGGAAGGAUGAGGUUAAAGAAGGAGACAGUGGGAGGAAGAUAGAGCAGGAAGGCGAGAGUGGUGCUGGGAGCGUGUUGCAUGAUGGGGAGGAGGGAGGAGUGGAGGAAAAUGGAGUGGAGGGGAAGGAAGAGGAGGUAGUGGAGGGAGAGGAGGGUAUCAAGGGGCGUGGGGUUGAGCAGAAGGGAGAAGAGGGUUUCAAGGAGAGCGAGGUGGAUGGGAAGUUGGAGGGUGGUUGCAAUAAGGGAGAGGGAGAAGUGGGAGCGAGCGGUGAGGCAGCGACCUCAAAUGUAAUGGGUGGUGGUGAUGCUGAGAGUGAGUGCAAGGAGGGUGAGCCAAGCGGCAUUGGUGCAGCAGCAGAUGCAUCUGGGGAGGAGAAGGCAGAAGCAUCUGAUGAGAGCUCGGCGCCCCUUAUUGUGAAUGUGAGCCAGGAACCAGCAGCAGGCAGGGGUGACGAAGACAAUACAGGGGUGACGAUACAAGGUGCUGCCGAGGUGAGUGAGGAGAGGGAUGCAGGACGAGGUAGGGAGGAGAAGGCAGGGGAGGAGGAGGCAGGAGAGGGAAAACCAGGGGAGGAGAAGGAAGAGGAGGAGAAUGCGGAGGCCGAGAAGGCAGGGGAGGAAAGCACACUGGGGAGAGACAAGGUGAGUGCGGCAGAAGUUGCGGCUGCAGUGGCGGAGAUGGCGGAAGAGGAUGAGGAGAAUGUAGAGGAGGUAAAGCAGGAGGAGUUGACUUCUCAGGAUGGUGAUGGCAUGGAUGGGGGGUGCACGGAUGGGACUGAUGGGACAGCGCAGGGCGCAGCUUUGGCGGUGGAAAGUGGGAGAGACGCUGGCAGCUACAGCUUCUCGGAGUGGAGCAGAGAAGGGAGGGUGCAAGGGCAGGAGGGACGGAGUGCAGAGGAAGGGAUUGAGGAGCGGAAGGAGGAGGGUGGAACGAGAGGGGAAGGGGAUGAGAAGAGGGACAAGGCGGGAGGAACAAGAGGCGAUAGGGAUGAGGAGAGAGAGGGGAUGGGAGCGUGUAGGGGAGAGAGCGCGGAUGGUGUUAAGGUUGGGGAUGGCACGGAUCGGGUUGGUGGUAGUGGGGUUGGGUUGGCGAGCAGAGGUGUGGAGCCAGGUAGAGGAGAAAGUGAGGGUGUGGAGAGCGGUGGAUCUAGGGCCGAGCUGGGAACGCCAGCAGGAGCGGAGGGGGGUGGUGCUGGUCCUGGUGCUGGUGUUGCUGGUGACGGUGCUGCUGCUGAGGGCAGUGGCGCUAGUGGUGGAAGCAGAUGUGUUGAUUCGAGAGAGGAGGAGGGAGUUUGCAAGGCAAAGGAGGAGGGAGUUGGCAAGCCAGACGCUGGGCCUGGGCUGUCACAGCAAGACCAUCAGCUUGCAGCAUCCUUCAUACAGCACGAACCGUUACAGGCACAGCCGGGGACAGCGCAAGAAGUGCAACAAGAAUCGUCACAAUCAGAUGGCGUUGGUGGGGGGAGCAGCGGCUCUGCAGCGUCGUUCCAGGUGACUGCUUACUUCGCCAAGCAGUUUGACGCUCUCCGCCGCAAGUGCUGCUCGCCCUUCCCCCCUGCCCCUGCUGCCGCCUCAUCCGGUCAGCAGAAGACUGCAGCUGAUACAGGAGAAGGGACAGCAGCGGGAACAGCAGGGGCAGCAGGGUCGGCAGGGGCAGCGGGGGCGGCAGGGGCAGGGGCGGCAGGGGCGGCAGGGGAGGGGGUGGUGGAUGGGAGUGGUGAUUUGGAGUUUGUGCGGUCGCUGUGCCGCUGCAAGCGCUGGAGUGCCGAGGGCGGCAAGAGCUCCGUGUAUUUCGCCAAGACUGCGGACGACCGCUUCGUCAUCAAACAGGUCCAACGCAAGGAGAUCCUGGCCUUCCUGGACUUUGCCAACGACUACUUCAAGCACCUCUUUGACGCCAUCGAGUCUGGCAACCCCUCCUGCCUCGCCAAGAUCCUCGGCCUCUACCAGGUGACAGCAAAGGGCGUGACUAUGGACGUGAUGGUCAUGGAGAACCUGCUCUACGGCCGUCGGAUCACCAAGCUCUACGAUCUCAAGGGCUCCCGUCGCUCCAGAUACAACGCAGACCGCUCCAAGAGCAGGGUAUUGUUGGAUGAGAACCUACUAGAGGCCAUGCCCACGUCGCCCAUCUUCGUAGGGAAGCGGUCCAAGCAGCUGCUGGAGCGCGCUGUGUGGAAUGACACUGCCUUCCUCGCG